UUCGCAGUUUUGGAAGAUUACGGUUAUUAAGAUUAAACUUUGGUGAAGUGAAACAUCAAAAAUUAACAAUGGAUUCUGACAAUGAAAUCGAUACUUUAAUUGUAAUAUUAUCGAUUGCGUUGUGGCUUCGCACCAGACCGCGCCAAUGGGGUGUUCGUCCGAUUUACAGAUUACGAAGAGAACAAGGAGAGUAUUGGAACUUGUUUUGUGAAAUAAAACGGGGUGAUCCUCAACAGUUCUUCAAAUACACCCGCAUGGACUGUGCUAAGUUUGAUGAACUUCUUGAAAUCUUGAAACCUCAUCUCAAGGAAAGGUCAAUGCGAACGACUCUGAUACCAGAAGAGCGUUUGGCUUUGACGCUUAGAUAUUUGGCCACAGGAGACCAGACACAUUCAAUUGCUUGGGGUUUUCGUGUUGGCCGGAGCACAGCAAGACAGAUAAUUUUGGAGACAUGUGAAGCCAUCUGGAUUGCACUGUCAACUAUUUAUCUACCGCAAAAAACACCACAGGACUGGUACGAAAUAGGGAAAGACUUUUUGGAAAUAUGGAAUUUGCCGAAUUGCGUUGGUGCCAUCGACGGCAAACACAUUGCAAUCCAAUCGCCACCAAAUAGUGGGUCAUUAUAUUUCAGCUAUAAAAAAUCACAUAGCAUAGUACUCAUGGCCGCAUGUGAUGCAAAAUACAAAUUUACGAUGGCCAACGUUGGUGCAUUAGGGUCGGAUAAUGACGCUGGAAUUUUUGGAAAAACAGAAUUUGGUAAAGCAUUGCUUAAUGGUCAGCUCAACUUGCCACCAGACACUCAACUUCCUAAUAGCAAUGUGACAUUUCCACAUUUUUUUGUGGGCGAUGAAGCAUUCCCGCUCUAUAAAUCCUUAAUGCGACCCUAUCCUGGACGACAAUUGACGCAAGAAAAAUCUAUUUUUAAUUAGAGACUCUCUCGGGCACGCCGUGUCAUUGAAAAUACAUUCGGAAUAUUUGCUUCAAGGUGGAGAGUGUUCCGAAGCCCUUCUUGUCACACCCUGAAAUGGUUGACAAGGCGGUAUUAGCGUGUGUUUGUUUGCACAAUUAUCUGAUGAUACACCAAGAUAGGUUACUAGCCGCCGAGAGAAGAUAUUGCCCAGAGCGCUAUGUAGAUACUGAAAACACAGAAACCCGUGAAAUAGAACCUGGAGAUUGGCGUAUUAACGGAAGAGCUUUUGAAAACCGACCUUUAUUGCAUGGUGGUAACCGAACCGCACGUUAUUUCCUUGAAUUGAGAGAUCAGCUAGCAGAAUA